UGGUCACGGAAUGAGAGCAGCAGCAGCAGAGAGGGGUUGGUGGCGUCCGUGCGUGUGACCUCCUUCCUUCCUCCUCCUCCUUGCUACACUGAGAUGCUUCACUGCAUCCCGGCGGAUAAAUAAUCACUUGUGGGGCUGCUAUGCUCGGUACGAUUAUCUCUUGAUUCACAGCUUGGAGAUGCAAAGAUAGGCUGGUGUGGAACUCAGGCUGAACCUCCUCUGCGGCUGGGCGAAGUUACCAUUGGCUGCCGGGAGCUGCGCUCAGAUCUUGAUUUUCUUCCAGGACAACCGUGGACGGACGUCUUCUACCGACAAGGUGCCUGGAUUACGGGACGAGAGCCAAGGGGUCUCCGACCCACAGGAGGAGUUCCUCUCCCUCCCCCGGGAAGAGCUUCGAGAUGUGGCGGCCUCUGCGCCCCUCCUCACCGCCUCUUCUCACCCUCUGCCUCCUCGCCGCCUUCGCACGAUCCGCGCAGCACGCGUCACGCCUGCAGCGAGAUGAACACAGGACGCCUGUCGCAUCGCCAUGCUGUCACCUCCUGCCCCCACCACCGCCGCCCCCAAUGUCGCCCAGCUUCCUGCAGCGUCGCAGUGUUGAGAAGAUUGUACACGGCGAUCAGGAGAAAAAGCUACCGGAACCCGGUGAGAAGGUUCAGAGGCCGUCCACAUGUACCGCAGGACAGCCUGGUCCACCAGGGCCUCCAGGACCCCCAGGCCCUCAGGGUCCGCCAGCAUUGCCUGGAUUAAUGGGACCUAAAGGAGAUCAGGGGAUGAUCGGAAAGCGUGGAAAACAGGGCCGCCGUGGAACACCUGGGCCGAAGGGUGAGCAGGGCGGCUCGGGGCCCAUGGGUCUGCCAGGAGCAAUAGGGCCCAAGGGAGACAGCGGAGAACCGGGCGUCCUGGGGAUGCCAGGUCCCCGAGGGCCUCCCGGUCUUAAGGGUGAACCUGGAUUAAGUGGAGACAAGGGUGAUGCAGGAGAGAAGGGUCAAACUGGCCUGCACGGAGAGAAGGGUGAAACAGGGAGUCAAGGAAUGUUGGGACCAAAGGGCGACAUUGGUCCGAAGGGGAGCGAUGGACCUGCAGGUUACCGGGGCCCCAUGGGAAAGCCGGGCAAGCGUGGAAAAGCCGGCAUGAAGGGAGAGCUGGGUCCUCGGGGACCUCCUGGGUUGCAGGGAGUAGUGGGUCCCCCAGGUCCUCCCGGACGGCUCGUAAUACCAAGUGAUCAGACGAUUCAGACGGCCAAGGGCGAGCGCGGUUUUCCGGGAGUACCGGGCCCCCCAGGGAGGUGCUCGUGUCCCAGCCAAGGCAACUCCCUGCAGACACGCGCAGCCGGCGUGCCGUACCCCGCCGUGCAGGCCAUCUAUGUGGUGAGCAGCCAGCAGGACCUGGAGCUGCUGAGCUUGCCCAACACCAUCGCCUUCUGCCGAGACGUGCGCUCGCUGUUCUUCAAGGAGCCCACGGGCUGGGUUCCCAUCCAGCUCGCCCCUCCCCACCUCACAGGGUUCUGCGGAGACGGAACCGUACAGGAGGUGAACGGAGAAGAGUGUGACGACGGCAAUGAGGUCGGCUCUGACGCCUGCGUGGACUGCAAGCGCGCGUUCUGCGGUGACGGCCACCGGUGGGACGGGCUGGAGGAGUGUGACAGUGUCGAUCUUGGCCAGCAAACUUGUGCCACAUACUUGCCCGGCUCAUAUGGACAGCUGAGGUGCACCAUCUUCUGCAGGAUUGACUCCACUGCCUGUCGCUUCUUCUCUUGAUCUGAAAUCGUCACACUGGGCUGAAGAUGACGGGAUUACGAAGAACAAGCAAGCCUUAUAUUACGGACAUAGACAUAACUUAAUUUCUCACUAAAUAUUGUCUGGGUCACUGGUAGACUGGAGGUGGCAUGUGACUAGUAGCAACAGCCAUAGCAAGAUGUUUUACUGGAUGUGGUGUGCCGGGUGUAGAAACAUUUUCAGGGUUACAGACCUAGCCAGACAUGGCUGAAACUAACCUCUGGACAGAUAUUUUUAAGCUGUCAAACAGAAUGCCAUUGAGAACUCCUGGAGGAUUUAUCGUGAAUACGAAGGUAAAUCUGAGACGAUAAUAUACCUCACAUUUUAUCGAGCUGUGAAACAUUCAUACGCAAUAUAGCAACAUAUCCAAUCCAUUUAUGGUACAAGAACAAUUUGGUGGAACCUGACUUAUUUGGACAGCUGUGGUGAACUGCUAGAGACACUCAUCGGCCUCAUGCAAAAGUUAAAGAUGUGCCUGACAUAUUUUACUCACACCACCGUUGGGAGAAAAAAAAACCUUUGUCUUCCACCCUGGCCAUAUGGAACCUGUCCAAGUUAUUGUUUCAUUGCUGCUUAGCUACUAGAUAUUAGGAAUUGCAUCGUGCCUAUGAAUUAUGCUUAUGAAUUACAUUAUGGUACAACGUAUGUUAUCGUAAACUGUUUCUUUUAAGUUAUUUAAGGUGCUUUGAAUAAUACUUUGCUGCUAUUUGUAAAGACCAAAAUGGGUUCUUGACAACAUGGUACAGUAUUAUGAAUUGAUUUUUUAUAAACACUAUUUUAAUGAUACUUCUCUGUUGAUGUUACACUUGUUCUAUUUACCUCAUUUUUUAAAGUACAUUUUCAUCAAUAGUAGUCUUAAUUGCAUCACGGUUGUAUUUAUUAUAAUUAUUUGACUUUUUUCAUGUUACUAUUAUUUGGAAAGAUUUUGUUUAUACCGGAUUUUGUUAAUAACAGUGCAUCAUGUAUGGCCUAGACCACUUUCUCAUUGUCUCAAGGUAUCCGAAUGUGUAACAGAUUUCAUCGUGCAAAAUUUUGACGAAUUUCAUUUUUCAUAGGCUGUGAUAAUAUUUCAGCAAUUGUACGCGUCUUUCCUUGACUGCUAGUGUCUAAAUGAGCAAAUUCAACUAAGCAUUGCCGACAUAUCGCAUAUUUCUCAAGUCCUGUACUGGAAUGAAUACUGUACAAUGAGUGUAAAAUGUGCACUUGUAGAAUGCAUGCUCCACUCUCCCCGGCGUGUAUGUUUACGCUUUGUAUGCUAAGGGAGAGUGAGUGUCCCGGGGCCCAUGAAGAGGCCCGAAUAAAUUAA